AUGGAUGAGGCGGAGGAGGGAAACAUGGAGGCAAAAACCUUACCCAAUUUGAGUGGCAGGCGCAAGCAAUUUAAUUUCAUUGCCGAUGUGGUGGAUGUUUGUGCUGAAUCUGUGGUGUACAUUGAAAUCAAAGACACUCGACACUUCGAUUACUUUACGGGCAAGCCGGUAACAGCUUCCAAUGGUUCAGGUUUCAUUAUUGAAUCGGAUGGUACCAUUCUCACCAAUGCCCAUGUUGUUAUCAAUAAACCCCAUACCAUGGUCCAGGUUCGUUUACAUGAUGGACGUGUUUUCCCAGCCAUUGUGGAAGAUGUCGAUCAAACCUCCGAUUUAGCAAUUAUACGCAUCAAUUGUAAAAAUCUACCCGUUAUGAAAUUGGGAGAAAGUUCCAGUUUACGUUCCGGUGAAUGGGUUGUGGCCUUAGGAAGUCCUCUGGCAUUAAGUAACACAGUGACUGCCGGUGUCAUUAGUUCCACACAGAGACCUUCACAGGAAUUGGGUUUGGGUAAUCGUGAUAUCAAUUAUUUACAAACAGAUGCGGCCAUUACAUUCGGCAACAGUGGCGGUCCUUUGGUUAAUUUGGACGGAGAAGCUAUUGGUGUCAAUUCAAUGAAAGUAACUGCCGGCAUUAGUUUUGCCAUACCCAUUGACUAUGUUAAGCUGUUCCUAGCUAAGGUAGCGGAACGUAGGAAAAAAGGUUCAGGUGGUAAACAAACCUAUCCGGCUAAACGUUAUAUGGGCAUAACCAUGUUAACACUGACCUAUGAUAUCUUAAAUGAGCUGAAAUCACGAUCCGAUAGUGUACCACCUAAUUUAACGCAUGGUGUUUUGGUGUGGAAAGUUAUUUUAGGUUCACCGGCCCAUAUUGGUGGCCUUAAUCCCGGUGACAUUGUAACGCACAUUAAUGGCAAAGAAAUUAAAACCUCCUCCGAUGUCUAUGAAGUACUGGCUGACAAUUCAAAAACAUUGGAUUUAACCAUCUUUAGAGGACUUAAGCGUAUGACAGUAUCUAUUUCACCUGAAGAUCCUUAGGAAUAAAAAAAAUAUGUGUUCCAUACAUGAAUAUUGACU